AAAAUACACAAAAGUGUGGCCAUAUUUGUAAUGCAUAAACUUCCAGACAUUGAACAAGAUGAAUGAUUCAAAAGAUCAGCAAUCAACUGAUGAUUGUCACGGACAUGAUCCAGUGUCACUUACCAAUGGUCUGGAAGAACCUAUGGAAAUUGAGGAAAGUGGUACUGUAAUUUUGAACGCAACUUUAGACAGGUUGAAUGCAAAGCAGAAACCCACUUCUGAUGGUGACAGACAUAAACCUGUUUUGCUUAUCAGUGGUCAGAAAUUGGAGAAAAAAUGUGGCGCAGAAUCUAUGGACACUAAUAAUCAUGAAAGACAUUUGGCUCCAGUAAAGAAAGCCAAGGAUAAACUGACCAGAAAAUCGGGAAAAGGUGUAACACCAAUGGACGUUGACAACAAAGAUAAUAAUUUGCUGAAAAGAAGAGUUUUAGAUAGACUAACACAUUCUGGAUAUGUUGAUGACUUCCACUUCCUGAAAGGGGAGCCAGAGAUUCAAACAAGCAAACGAUCAACUUUUGAGAAGGGUAAAGUUGUAUAUGGUGAGGUUCAAGCACUUCAAAAUUUGUUAGACCAUCAGGAGAAGUUAAACAAUGACAAGACAGGGGUCAUCAUUAAGGAACUGAGUUCAGACAUAAGAAAUUUUACUGAAAUAGAGAGAGUUGGGAAUGGAGUUUAUGGUGAAGUGUUCCACUGUCAAGACCGUGCCACUGGAAAACCGUUUGCUCUAAAAAAGAUUUCCAGGAACUUUAAUGUGGAGGAGGUAAAGAUGUUAAUGAGGCUUGAACAUGAGAACAUCAUAACCUUGUAUGGGUUUAUCAAAAAAGACAGAGUCGCACUUAUUCUAAUGGAAUAUGGAGCGACUAACCUGGAGAAUUUUUUCUUGAAUCUACAAAUGAACCUAAUGGAUGAAAAAUUGAUUUGGAGCAUCAUCAAGCAAGGUCUUUGUGCCCUUGAAUACCUGGAUCAAAAUCACAUUAUGCACUUUGAUCUGAAACCCGACAACAUAUGUAUCACGGCCAGCAUGGUGGUGAAACUGACCGACUUUGGAUCUGCAAUUAGAAAUGUAACAGAAAAAGACACCCUUGCAUGUACACCUGAGUACAUGUCCCCUGAAAUGUGCUACUUUGUCAAACCUAAUACCAACGUGAGCAAGACGGACAUGCCCCUAACUGGGAAAUCAGAUGUUUUUGCAUUCGGUCUCGUCAUUCAAUACAUUCUUGAUAGAGAACAUACACAGCUGAAAUUUUAUGGCAAAGAUUUCAAUGAUAUAGGACAGCUGAGGAUUUGUAUUAUCAUUAACAAUGCAAAGGACCCUGAUACAGUAUUAAAUGAGAUGAUAACAAAGAAUGGUAAUGUUGCCAUCAGAGUUCUUCUUGAAAGGCUUCUGCAGGGUUGGCCCAAAAAUAGAACCAGUGCAGCAGAGGCUCUAGGCGUGAUGAAAGAUUUCACGCUGGGACCAAUGGCCAAAUAGCUGGAUGACGCUAAUUCGUAGAUAUUUGCCAGAAAACGAAUAAAUUUGAUAUAACGAUUG